UCUACUAAACUCUACAUAUGAUGAUGACGAUCGGUGACGUCGAUGGAUGGUGCCGAAAAACUCAUAGCCAGUCAACAGGUUGAGAGGGCAGUCGGAUGAAGGAAAAAUCAGUCUACAUUCAACUGCCGAGGUUGUGGGUUGCGGCUGAAAGAGUUGUGCGAGAAAUUUGCAAACAUUUGCUGAUUGUUAAGUGUGAAUCAAACGCGUUAGAUUAGUUGAUAGCAUUCUUAGUAUACUUAAGCGUACAAAGUUCUAGGAUAUAAAGUAACGGACGAUUCAAAAUUAUGGUGCUAAAAAUUCAGAUCUCGUGCUUGGUAGUGGUGGCUUUGUCGCUGAUAUUGGAGGCGAACGCCCUCAAAUGCUAUCGCUGCAACAGCUUCGACAACGCCGACUGUCUGGGCGAGCCGGAGUUGAACGGCGGAAGAAAAAACUCGACCAAGCUGGGCCAGUUCCUGCGCGAGUGCGAACCGGACGAAAAGGGGCUGGGCCGGGAACCGUUCUGCAGGAAGAUUACCAUCACCAUUCUGAAACCGGAACACUACCGGGUGAUUCGGGAUUGUGCCUACGAGCGGUCGGACAGUGCAUGCUAUAAAGCCGACAACGAGGACCACAUGGAGACGGUGUGUCAGUGCUUCUCGGAUCAGUGCAACGGGGUGAGCCGACUGAAGGUUGGAAUGGGACUGGGGAUUGCCGUUGUAGCCGCCUUCGUGCGAUUAGUAGUGUACUAAAGCCGUUGAACGAAUAGUUAAUAUAUUAUUGAUACAAUCGAUUAUAAAGUGUAUUUUCAAGUGUACUUAUACUGAUUUUUUUUUUCUGGCAGUGUACGGAUUUUGAGCGUUUGCGACUUAUUAAAUGUACUUUGUAAAUUAA